CGUAAAUUCAUAGUAUUAAUAUACCUGUAAGCCUUUUACACACAUUAUGGGAAGGUACAGUUCCAGUCCAGAUGACAGUAGAAGAAGAAGAAAACCUUCAAAUUCCUCCGACUCAUCAGAUGAUUCAGACAGUAGCUCUCCUGACAGAAAAAAGACAAGGCGGUCAAGAUCUGACGAAAGACAACAGAAAAGCAAAUCAAAAAGUCAGAAAAAUACCUCCGCCAGAUCAAGAUCAAGGUCGUAUGAUAGAGGCAGGCAUAAUCACUCACGGUCGUCUGAUUCCCGCUCAGGGUCGAGUUCAGAUAGCCGAAGCAGGUCAAGAUCGUUUGACAAACGACGCUCGAGAUCAAGAUCUCCCUUCAGAGACAGAAAAUCUAAUGGCAGGAUGCACUCGGACAGGAAGUCAGCUAAUUUACCCAAACGAUACAGAUCACGGUCUCCCCUGCCUGAUUCGUCGUCCUACAGGCGUGAUAGAGGAGGCGACACCUAUGGCCAUGAUGACAGAGUCACAUCGAUGAGGUUUGGUGACAGGGAUGAUGGUAACAGUGGCAGGGGUGGUGGCAGGUCUGGUCACUUCCAGGGUCAUGGAGGAGGGGGGCGCUACAACAGGGGGAACAACGGCAUGCUCCCAGACUUCUUUGACAGACGUAGAGAGGAGAGGGAGAGGAUAGGGGAGAUGGGUAUACCAGAGUGCUGGGGACACUCCCCCUCACACGCCACCCUCACAGAUUCAGAGUCAGACAGUGGGAACUCAGCAGAGAAUAGCGACUCCUCUUCUGGGGCAAAAAGAAAAAGAAGCAAGAAGAAAAAGAAAAAGGAGAGAAAGCACAAGAAGAAAAGCUCUAAAAGCAAAAAGAACAAGAAAAAGAAAUCCAAGAAAAAGAAGAAGAAGGAGACAGAGUCCAGUGCGAGCGAAUCGGAGAAGGAGGAGGAGCCAAUGUGGUUAGAGAAGACAGUUCACAGAUCAGAGGAUGAGGAUGAAGAAGUUGGUCCUCAGCCAUAUCAACCCGAGAACACGGUCAACAGGAUGGACUAUGGUAAAGCAUUGUUGCCUGGUGAAGGUGCAGCUAUGGCUGCCUACAUCGCAGAGGGUAAGAGAAUCCCACGAAGAGGAGAAAUCGGUCUGACCAGUGAGGAAAUCGAUGGAUUUGAGCAAUCGGGCUACGUCAUGAGUGGAAGCAGACAUCGUCGAAUGGAAGCCGUUCGUUUGAGAAAAGAGAACCAAAUUUAUAGUGCUGAUGAAAAGCGAGCCCUGGCUAACUUCAACCAUGAGGAGAGGUCCAAGAGAGAGAAGAAGAUCCUCACACAGAUGAAGGAGAUGAUUCGGAAGAAGACCGAAAAUAAACACUAGAUAUCAGCAGAUAUCCACAGAUAUCAAGAGAGAGAAGAAGAUCCUUAUGCAGAAUAUCCUUAUGCAGAAGAAGACGAUUCAGAAGAAGACAGAAAAUAAACAGUCUAGAUAAAUAUCAUAAAAUGUCUGUAGAUAUCACCAGAUAUCCCAAGAUAACAAUGCUGAGUGUGGUUCAUGAAAUAGGUGCAUUUAAAUCUGAUCUUUAUUUUUUUUAAAUUGGAAGUUUUAGCGAAAAAUUUCACCAAACUCUGUUCCACGUUGUUAACUUGAAAGGAAAAUUACACAAAUAAUUUUGAAUCUGCCAAUAGACCUUAGAACUACAAUGUAAGCACUGUAUUAAAGAAAAAAUAUACUUCUUGGAAAACAUCAUUUGUAUGUAAAUAUGAAAAUAAAGAUAUUAAAAUAAUAUUAUUACAAGAA